CGGAUCGGCCCAUCCGCCACAAGAUCAUCCUCGAGGACGGGGCUGUACCUCCGCGUGGUUGCAUCUACCGAAUGAGAGAGGAAGAGUUAAGUGUGCUACGGGCACAACUCGACGACCUUCUGGAGAAAGGCUGGAUUCGGCCUAGCUCAUCGCCAUACGGUGCUCAUGUUAUCUUCGUCCGAAAGAAGAACAAGGAUUUGCGGUUGUGCAUCGAUUAUCGCAAGCUCAACGCGCAAACGGUCAAGAAAGCCGGCCCUCUUUCGCGCAUCGUCGAUCUUCUCGAAUGGCUGGGUGGCGACAAGUUCUUCUCCAAGCUCGACGUCAAGUCGGGAUAUCACCAACUCGAGAUCCUGCAGGAGGACCGCUACAAGACCGCGUUUAAGACGCGAUAUGGGCAUUUCGAAUGGCUGGUUAUGCCGUUUGGCCUUACGAAUGCCCCAGCCACUUUCCAAGCGGCUAUGACAACGGAGUUCCGACACAUGCUAGAUCGACUCGUACUUAUCCACCUCGACGACAUCCUGGUGUACAGCCGGAGUUUGAACGAGCGUGUGGAACACCUGUGCACCGAGCUGGAGUACUUGGGACAUUAUGUGACGCCGCAAGGCAUCCGUCCGCUUGCAGACAAGUUCGAGGCCAUCCGGGUAUGGCUCGAGCCCACCAACACCACGGACGUUCGUUCAUUCAUGGGGUUGGCGGGCUACUAUCAGCGAUUCAUCACCGGGUACUCAAGGAUUGCUGCACCUAUGACGAGAUUACAAUCGCCAAAGAUGCCAUUUGUAUUCGAUGACGACGCACACCGGUCAUUCCAAGCACUCAAGACGGUCAUGCUCAUGGCACCCGUCCUUAGCAUCUACGACCCCACAAUGCCAUCGAGAGUGACAACCGACACUUCCGGUUAUGGCAUUGGGACAAUCUUGGAACAACACGACGGCGAUGACUGGCACCCUGUGGAGUAUUUCAGCCACAAAGUGCCUCCCAUCAAUUCGCUUGAUGAUGCAAGGAAGGAGCUGCUCGCAUUCGUGAUGGCUCUCAAGCGAUGGCGGCACUUCCUUCUUGGGCGUCGUAGGUUCACAUGGGUCACGGACAACAACCCAUUGACCUACUACAAGACGCGGGAUACGGAAGGGAAAAAGUCGAGGCUGGUCCAGUACAUGAGCAAAAAGAUGCCAUCAAAGAAGUUGGCAAAGUCCACCUACGAAAGGGAACUCUAUGCUCUCUGCAAAGCACUUGUCCACUGGAGGCACUAUCUGUUAGGAAGGUUCUUCUAUUUGAGAACUGACCAUCAAAUCCUCAAGUGGAUCAAGACUCGACCAGUUCUCUCCGAUGCAGUCAAACGUUGGAUUCAAGUCACAGAUCAGUAUGACUUCAAACUAGACUAUGUGAAGGGAGAGUACAACAAGCUUGCAAAUGCGUUGUCUAGAAGGGCGGACUACGAGUUUGGCUUAUCUGACGACUUGACUCGAUCUUUGGGGGAAGCCUACAAGGAAGAUCCCAUCACGAUGGACAUCAUCAACAAACUUCAGGCCAAAGACAAGGCCACCACUGACGAGUUUGUGAUGGUGGAUGGGUUACUCUUUCUUGAAAAGGCAGGAUUUAAAAGCUGGUGGACACCUGCUACAGGAGGUGCCAAUGUGCCAGCCCUGAAUGACCUUCUGAAACCGUAUGGCAUUGCAUUCGGUGACACAGUCCUCAAUGGCAGGGAGGAACAAUAUGAGCUUAGCAGAAGUCAGGAUAUGGUCGUGCGCUCGAUGCGGAUGGGGUUUCGAGACUUUGCUCGCGAACUGGUAGGCGCUGUAGGAGCCGAGGUGAACCAUCGCCUCGAGAAGGCCGAACGAUUUUGCGUAGGCGCCAUUGAAGGCGUCAAGGCGACAACUCCGAAGGAGGAAGAGGCACGUCCUCGCAGGGAGCCAGUCAAAGUCAAGUUCCCUGAUUCCUACAAUCAGCAUGUAUUGAUUGCGAUCCAUGCGCUUAGAGAUGAGGCUGCCAGUUUUGCGAGAUCCCUAGUCCGCUCUGCCAACUGCAACGAUGAUGCAGUUGCUUACUCGUCAUUCACCCCCCUCGUAGAUUUCAUGAAGUUGUUGCGCGAGCGAUUUGCUGAUGUCGCGCGCAGUGUCAAAGCCUCAGAUAGGCUUCACACCAUCCAUUCGCGUCAAUGGAAGAGUGUCAGGGCGCUCAAGGGUGUUAUGGACGAAUGGGUAGCUGUUCCUGACCACGGGGUCACAGAGACCCAGUUGGUCAACCUCUUCUACAGGGCCAUGCCCGAAUCCCUGCGAGGCCACUUCUUUGCGAAGAGUCAAGAUCCUUCCAUGACGUACGAUGCACUCAGCAGGGAAGUGGUAGCCUUUGAGGCAAAGUCUGUGUCAGUCUCCACUUUCUGGCACAAAGACCUGGACAAAGGGAAGAAGUGGAAGGGUCGCACUAUCUCAGGGCAAGUUAAGACCAAGGAUAGUCUUGUCCUUACGUUAGACGAAGGUAGUGUUAACGAGAUCCCCUACGAUCAGAUAGAGUGGGGGUUAGAGGAUGAGGACAGUGGGGUGAGUCAGGGGAGAACUUAUGUUGCUGUCGCGGCUGGAGGGGGGCCGCAAGGAGGAGGACGAGGCCAGGGCCAAGGGGGCCGGGCCUCAGGGGGCCGAUUUCAGGGCGAUCAGGGGGUUGGCGGCAGAGGAGGAAACCGCCGAGUGGGAGGAAGGGGUCAAGGUCCCCCGCAAAACCGUCCUGGGAAUAGGUCUCGGUAUAGGAGAGGUGGAUGGCACCCAGGGCUGCCGCAGGACAAUCGUACAAUGGUUGUAGAGGAUUAUGUAGAGGGAGUCCAGACGUAUUUCCGCCUAGAGAAAGAUGGGAAAGUGGAGAAGGUCCUCCACUCCCUGACUCUCCUCGUAGAAGACAGCCUAAUCGUCCUGGGAAUGGAUUGGGUAGAGGCAGCCGGGGCCACACUCCAUAUAAAGGAGCACGAGUGUAGGCUCCCUAGUCCUUCAGGCGAGGCUAAGAUUGCCCGCCUGUUUCAUGUGUCAGGAGUAGAGAACCCCCUGGCACAUUGCUGCCUUAGUGCUCCUGCGUUCGCAAAAUUAGUGAAAAAGGAGCAACUGGAGGAACAGGUCUUUGUUGCCUAUGUUAGGCCAGUGACUGAGCGUAAGGAGGAGAAGCCUAUAGACCCUGCUAUUGCCAAGCUGCUGGAAGAGUUUAAAGAUCUAGCUGAGCCGCCGAUAGGUGUAGUACCGCGACCCAUCCAGCAUCGCAUUGAGAUAGAGCCUGGCAGUAGAACUCCUAAGGGCGCGGUGUACAGGAUGUCCCCGCGGGAGUUAGAGGAGCUUCACAAGCAGCUAGACGAGCUCCUUGAGAAGGGUUGGAUUAGGCCCAGUUCGUCUCCAUUUGGAGCGCAUGUUCUCUUUGUCCCCAAGAAAGAGGGAGAUCUGAGAAUGUGUAUAGACUAUAGAGGUCUGAAUGCUAUCACAGUGAAGAAUGUUGAACGAAGCGGUCUGUGGGACCGGUUUGGCGGAGGUGGCAGAAUUAUGAGGGAGGGGGGAGUGGUUUGCACUGUGGAGGUUGGAGUGGUUUGCACUGUGGAGGAGGGAGUGGUUUGCGCGGUGGUGACGACCGUGAUGGAGGAGAUGGUCCCUUCGAGCAUGGUGAUGCGGUCGCAUAUGGACGACAUGUUGGCCUUUAUGUCGUCGAGAGAGGCGGUGACGGAGGUUCGGAUGGUGUUGAGUGCGUGGAGGAUGGCGGAGAGGUCGAGGGUGGCGGUGUUUGCUGGUGGUUGUUCGGCUGCAAGGUUGUGGGCGAUGCUAUCAACUGAGUCGGUGCGGAUGUCAGACAUGUUGAUGGAGGAUGUGGCCACGUCAGGGCAAGAGGGGGUGGAGGACGUGGCCUGAACGGGUGUGGAGGAUGCCGCAGCAGCGGCGAUGUCGGCGGCGGCACGUUGGGAGUUCUUGGUUCGGCGUGGUGGCAUGUGGAGGGUGGGGGGGGAAUCCCUUAUUUAUUUAUCAAUAAAUUCAAAAAUAAAGAUAAUCGCCAAGUUUUUUUUCCAAAAAAAAUAAAAUAAAAUAUAAAUAAAUAAAUAAAUAAAUAAAAAUAAAAUAAAAUAAAUGUUGAACAGAAAG